AUGUCGGCAACGGCGUUUUUCGCUGCCAGAGUCGGUCAUAUGUAUGGUGACUGGGAACUAGUUCAAGGAAGCCGUUCUUUGUAUAUUGAUGGUUUUGCUCAGCUCCAGCAGGCACUGAAGAAUCCAUCAAGCCGGUUAUCUGACGAGACACUGGCGGCUUGCAUGGCUCUAUCAUUCUAUGAACUUAGCGAGGGGCCUCCAGGACCCGGAAAUGCCGUUGGUACUCAUCCAAAGGGCGCUAUAAUCCUUCUUAAGAUGCGAGGUAUAGAGGCAUGCGGUGUUUCAUCACUGGGUCACGCGUUCCUUUUGGCUCUGCGAAUACAAAUGAUUCUUAAAAGUUUGAUUUAUCGCCAUCCAUCAUUUCUGUCCGAGCCCGACUGGAUGGAGAAACCCUGGGGCACAAUAACCAAGUCUCCGGCGGACAGAUUGUGGGAUAUUCUUGCUGAUAUAGUGGGUGUCAAUUCCAAAUUCGACAAGUCACUCCAGGAGUACAAUAGAACGGGUAGUGACCUUUAG